AUGACUUUUCGACAACCAGUGAUUUAUUUAUUCGGAUCACGUCAUACAUCAAAUAUUAAUAGUGAUCAAUUAAUAGAAAAUGAUACAAUACAAGAUAAAAAACAACAAGAAACAGUUGAACAUUUAAAACAUCCACCAAAUCGAACAGAACGUAAAAAAAUUGACAAUUAUAUUCAUUUAUGUAAACCAAUGGUUACUCUUAGUCUUAAAAAAUAUGUUAAUUCAAAUGAAGCGGAAUUUCAACCAAAUAUAUUUCUUUUUGUCAUAGCUUUAUCUGCAAUAGAACCAGUUGUAUAUGAUUUAUUUCUUGCUCGACUUAAAACUGAUAAUAAAGAAUUAGAAGUACAACAAAUGUUUAUUGUUCAAACAUUAUUUGAACUUGUUCGAUAUAAUAAAGUUUUGAAAUCGCUAACAUUAAUUGUUGGUAAUGUUCGAAGUGAAGUUGACAAAUGGAAACGUCUUUCACGACUAAUUAUUAAUGUACUUCUUGUUCAUUUACAAUCAAAUGUUUUGUUUUUCAUUACAUUUUAA